AUGGAAAAACCCGGCUGUAAUUCGUCCUACAGCAAAAAGGAAAUCCAGCAGCUCCGGUACCUUAGUAGAGAAGAAGCAGAAGCCAUUGAGAAGGAACUCCUGGAAGAAUUCAGAUUCGGACAGCAGCAGCUGCUCGAGAUCUUGGGUCAUGCAUGCGCCAUGGCUGUUGCCAAGGUUUUCCCUCUGCAUUCUCUGGCAAAGAAGCAACCGACGUUGUUGGUAGUCUGCGGCUGUGAACAGAAUGGGGCGAUUGGCUUGGCGUGUGCGCGGCAUCUGCGUGUGUUUGAAUAUGAGCCAACUAUCUUCUACCCCAAGAGAUCCUCCAACCCUCUUUAUCGGGAUUUUACUACGCAAUGUGAGAAGAUGGACAUCCCAUUUCUGUCCUAUCUGCCCACAGAGGUGCAGCUCAUCAGCGAUGCCUACAACCUGGUGAUCGAUGCUGUUUUAGGAGUGGAGGCCAACCUGGGCGAGGUGGCGGAGCCGUACAUCAGUGUCCUAUCCACUCUCAAGCAAAUCCGGAUCCCCCUCAUCAGCCUAGAUGUCCCAUCUGGGUGGGACGUGGAGACCGGCAGCAGCGAAGGAAUCAGUCCCGAUGUCCUUGUCUCGUUGGCUGCCCCCAAGCGGUGUGCCACCCGAUUUAUGGGCAAGCACCACCUAGUGGCUGGGCGUUUUCUUCCGUACGAUGUGCAGAAAAAAUUUGAACUCAAUUUGCCAGAGUAUACCGGCACAGAAUGUGUGGUUUCUCUUUAAGGAUCUGGAGAUGUUGGCUGUCAAGCUUAGCUGGGUUUUCUAGUCACCAAAACAAUACUCUGCUUGCGUAUUUGGGAUGGUGAGGCUGGCUGAAGUCUCUGGUAUUAGCCGUGUCCGUUUUUAGACUUUGGAAUA